UCCACAUAAUUUGGACUGAUAUUCCGGUAGCCAUCUUCAGUUCAGCUCAACCAAGAGCGACUUUGGACAGAAACCCAUCUGGCGCUUUUGAGAAAAGCCACCAUGUCAUCGCUGUCAAAAGACAUCGUUCGUGAAGUUCUCACGUACGAUAACUACGACGAGUGGCAAGUUUUGAUGAAGAACUAUUUGGUGGGGCAAAGCCUUUGGAGCGUUGUGGAUGAAACAGAAUGUCAACCGCCUACUGGCGAUCCAAGUUACGCAGCCUGGAAAGAAAAGAAUAGUAAAGCUCUGCAUGCGAUUCAGAUUUCAUGUGGAGCCGUUAUGUUUUCCCAUGUCAAGACUUCGGCUUCAGCCAGUGACGCAUGGAAAGCUUUGGCUAAUGAGUGCAGGUCAGCAUGGGGCAGGAGGAGAAAAAUUACAGAGACCCUUUGUUCUCACUCUCAGAAGAUGAAGGAAGUGCUAGGUGAUGAUGGUGGCGAAGGCUUGAGUAAAUACCGAAUCUUGUAUGAUGCUGCAUUAAAUGGUGACUGGAAAAUGGCUAAAUGGUUUAUUGACAAGCACUCAGAAGCAUUGGCCGCAGGUCUUGAUAAAUGGUCGAACACUGCUCUUCACAUUGCAGCACUGUAUGGGAACACACAGUUUGUGAUAGAGUUGGUGAAGAUCACACCACCAGAAAGCUUGGCAAGACAGAACUGUGUUGCUUCUACUGCUUUACACCUUGUUGCUGAAGGAGGGACCAAAAGGAUGGCAGAGGUAAUGCUAGAAAGGAACCAAAGUUUGUUCCAUAUCCGUGACAGUAAUGGAAUGACCCCACUCCUUUCAGCUGCAGUAUUUUCUAGAAAGGAUGUACUAUCGUACCUCUACAGCCGCGCCACAGAUGCUGAUCUAAAUUCAAAUUUAGAAGACUGUGUGGCAGUUCUUAUUCACCUGAUUAAUGCUGAAUGCUAUGGCAUGGCUUUGGAUCUUUUGCAUCGCUGCCCAAACGCAGCCAGUACUCCUUAUGAAAAUGAUGAGACAGCAUUGGAUUUUUUGGCAAGAAAGCCUUAUGCAUUCAAAAGCAGAAGACGGCUUGGAUUUUGGCAUAGGAAGCUCUAUUCAUGGGUCCAUGUUGAAUUUCCUGAUACCCAUAGCCACACAGCAAAGAAAUAUUACAAGGAUGAGGAGGAUCCUGUGAAGGAAGAACAAGUUUCCAAUGGUUUCCCUCAAAGAUCCAGUACACAUCAACUGCUUUGCUACAGUAAUAAACUAUUUUGGGAUGUUCUUCAACAAAUAGUACCAAGUAUUAAGGAGGUCCGCAGAAGAAAGCUGAUGCAUUUGCAAUCUCGUGAACUUGUCAAGCAACUCUUUAAGAAAGUUACAAUGAUGAUAAAAAACGACCAUAAAGUUGAACAGUUACUUGGACCACCACUAAUUGUAGCUGCAGAGUUUGGAAUUGUUGAAUUUGUAGAAAUAGCUCUUAAAUAUUAUCCUCGUUUGAUUGAGUACCCAGAUGCAAAUCUCCGUUGUAUAAUGCAAGUGGCUGUACUGAACAGACAAGAAAAGGUUUUCAAAAUGUUAAACAAAAAGGGUCGACAGAUAACACUGAGAACAUUUGAUAGAGAUAUCUAUAUGAACAACAUUUUGCAUUUGGCUGCAAAGCUAGCACCACCUCAUCAACUCCAUAGCGUCUCUGGUGCAGCUCUUCAAUUGCAGAGAGAACUCCAAUGGUUUAAGGCGAUAGAGAUGUUGGCACCUCCAAAAUACAAGGAACGCAAAAACUCACAAGGCCUGACACCCCAACUCUUAUUUUCUGAGGAGCAUAAGGAUUUGAUUGCCAAAGGAGAAAGCUGGAUGAAGGAAACAGCAGCAUCGUGCACAGUUGCAGCUGCUCUCAUUAUCACAAUGAUGUUUGCUGCAGCAUUUACAGUACCGGGAGGCAUCAGAAGUGACACAGGGACACCCAUUUUCGAGCAUUCUCAUUCUUUCUUGGUUUUCGUGAUAUCGGAUGCAUUUGCUCUCUUCUCUGCUUCAACCUCAAUGCUGAUGUUCUUGUCCAUCCUCACCUCACGCUAUGCCGAGAUCGAUUUCCUCGAAUCCUUGCCUCGAAAAUUGAUAAUUGGACUCGCAAUGCUCUUCUUAUCUAUAGCGUCAAUGAUGGCAACUUUUAGUUCAACCAUGUUUAUCAUGCUUAGAAAUAGACAGGGACCGAUUUCCAUUAUCCUGGCUUCACUUGGUGUAGUCCCAGCAACACUGUUUGCUUUUCUACAGUUCCCCCUCUUUGUUGACAUGAUGUCAUACACAUAUGGUUCUGGAAUAUUCCAUUAGUAGAAGUAAGCUCAUUUCCUCUUCACUUGUUUGCAUGAGGUUUACUUAUAUAGAGAGAGAGAUAUCAAAUGAUGUAAUAUAUUAAGUUACUAAUUAGUGGAACUGUGGAAAUAUGUUUAUUAAGGUUGUAUUUGGUUGCAGUGUAA